AUGCGAGGAACAGCAGCAGGAGCUGCAGCAGGAGCAGCAGGAGCUGCAGGAGCAGGAGGAGCUGCAGGAGCAGGAGGAGCUGCAGGAGCAGGAGGAGCUGCAGGAGCAGGAGGAGCUGCAGCAGCAGCUACAGCAGCAACAGCAGCAGCAGCUGCAGCAGCAACAGCAACAGCACCCGUACCCGUUCCCGCACCAGCGCCCAGUCCAGCACCAGCACCCGCUCCAGCAGCAGCACUCGUACUCUUACCAGCACCAACACCUGCAGCAGCACCUGCAGCAGCACCUGAACCAGCACCUGAACCAGCACUUGAACCAGCACAUUCACCAGCUCCUGCACCAGAACCAGCACCAGAACCAGCACCAGCACUUGGACCAGCACCAGCACUUGGACCAGCACUCGCACCAGCAUUUGCACCAGCACCCGCAGCAGCACCCGCAGCAGCACCCGCAGCAGCACCGCAGCAGCACCUGCGCCAGCACCAAUGCACCAGCAAAUGCUCCAGCACCACCACCAUCACCACCACCCGUUCCAGCACCACCACCACCACCCGUUCCAGCACCACCAGCAGCAGCAGCAGCACCAGCACCACCAUCAGUAGCAGCACCAGUACUACCACCAGCAAUGGCACCAGCACCACCAUCACCAGCACCACCAUCAUCAGCACCAGCACCAGCACCAGCAUCAGCACCAGCACCAGCACCAGCGCACCACCACCAGCACCAAUGCACCUGUACACCAGUGCACCAGGAUCAAUGCACUUGUACACCAGUGCACCAGGACCAAUGCACCUGCACACCGGUGCACCAGCACCAAUGCCCCAGCAAACCGGCGCACCAACAUCAAUGCACCUGCACACUGGUGCACCAGCACCAAUGCACCAGCAAACCGGCGCACCAGCACCUAUGCACCAGCAAACCGGCGCACCAGCACCAAUGCACCAGCAAACCGGCGCACCAACAUCAAUGCACCUGCACACUGGUGCACCAGCACCAAUGCCCCAGCAAACCGGCGCACCAACAUCAAUGCACCUGCACACUGGUGCACCAGCACCAAUGCACCAGCAAACCGGCGCACCAGCACCAAUGCACCAGCAAACCGGCGCACCAACAUCAAUGCACCUGCACACUGGUGCACCAGCACCAAUGCACCAGCAAACCGGCGCACCAGCACCAAUGCACCAGCAAACCGGCGCACCAGCACCAAUGCACCAGCAAACCGGCGCACCAGCACCAAUGCACCAGCAAACCGGCGCACCAGCACCAAUGCACCAGCAAACCGGCGCACCAGCACCAAUGCACCAGCAAACCGGCGCACCACCACCACCACCACUAGCACCAAUACACCUGCGCACCAGCGCACCACCACCACUAGUACCAAUGCACCCGCGCACCAGCGCACCACCACCACCACUAGCACCAAUACACCUGCGCACCAGCGCACCACCACCACUAGUACCAAUGCACCCGCGCACCAGCGCACCACCACCACCAUUAGUACCAAUACACCUGCGCACCAGCGCACCAGCACCAACACCAGCACCAGCACCAGCACCAAUGCACCAGCGCACUACCACCACCACCACCACCACCACCAACGCACCAGCACCAGCACCCCCUUGACAAACCCCACUUCGAAUGACGUCGUCGUCGCCGGUGCGCGGUGCCGCAGCCGCUGCCGCUACUACCAUUAGCAUCACCCUCUGCAAGAGUAUGACGAAAGUAGUAGAGGGAGUAACAGCACUGGUACUCUAUUCAUUUAUACAUUAACGUAGAGUUCUCUGUAGAAGAGCUGCGCAGACACACGAUCGGUAGGAGAGGAUAGUAAGCAGACUGGAGGAGAAUCGAAUAUAAUACAACCUUGGUCGGCCGUUUUUAUGAAAUGCAUAAAUAAACGAACGCGCGUUUUUACAGCGAAAGCAUAUUAAAAGUCUCCGCUUUUGUCACUUGGAUUUUUCCCUGCCGUUUUGAUAUUUUCUCUUUCCUUACUUAUCGUUUGUUUAACGUAGCCAAAGAAUAUUCAUAUUCUGAUAACGUAUUUCGCUACAUUAACAAUAAAUAUAGAUAGAUAUGAUAGGUACAGCCUUCUUUCGAGUUGCUUAUCCAGUAGUUUCUAUAGAAGAUGUUGAGUAUAACCGAAUAAAACAAAUCGAAUUGAUAAUAAGUAUCCUAUGCAUAUCGUCGCGUCGCAUUAGUUCUCAACUGAUCUAAUUUCAUUUUUAAUAGAAAUGUAGUUAACCUAUCCACAUAUGUCUCAUUGGUAGAGAGAAUAGAUAUAAAUUCAUAAUAACAUGAUGAAAGCUCUAUUUAGAAAACAAUAAAUAUUCAGUUAUUUUAAGUCCUAACUUCAUACAACAUAUAAUAUUAAACUUCAUAAAAUUCAAACUCAAUUUUCUCAUUGCCAGUUCACGAACUAAUGGAAAUGGAACAGUUAAGAAUGGCGGCAACGAUAUUAUACUAUUGAUAGAAUUAUCGUAUUUAGUUACAAAAAUAUAAUUAUAUUUACAUCUUUUGAUACAUAAAAUUUCGUUUGAGAACAUCGUUAGGCAGAUUUGCAAUGUACACAAUUCACAAAUGGAUGUCCACCAUUUGUAAAUUUAUUUUCAUUGUUCACUAUUGAUCGUUUUGGCAAUGACUUUAUAUUAUCGUAGCAGUUAUUUUGUCCUACAUAUUCAAAAAAAAAAUGUCCAAUCUAUCCGACUGUUAUAUAUCGUUUAUUCGGUACGAGAAUAUACAAAUUUGUGCUACUGUGGUAUCAGAGAACAAAACUAAAUUACAUAAAGUAAGUAAAUGACAGAGUAUAUUCCUAACCAAUCUAUUGUAUAUGUAUUACUAGUAAAAAUUAUUAAUCUGUUUUAGUACUAUACUCCACAGUACGUCCUUUAAAAUGAAAUAACUUCUUUAAAAUGGGACCAAACGAUUUAAUUCUCUUUCUUUCUUGAUAAGUUAGGAGGAUUAAUUUGCUGAAUCAUUCAGUGUAAAAAGAUGUUCAAAAAAUUGCAAUUAGAUUAGAAAAUCGCGAAGAAACGAUAACGCUGGCUUUCUACAACUUCUUGAUCUGAGCCUAUUAAGAAAAUUUAUACGAUACAGUUUGUAAAUUUAUAUAUGUUGGAGAUGAAAGGACACCGAAGCCUUCCUUUUGGAACUUUGCGAAAAUCCCCUAACAUUAUAAUCUAGAU